GCGUGUGUUUCGCGGUUGGUGGACGUCGCGUAAAAUGUCCCGCUUACCACGACCUCAGCAAGACUCACGACUACCAGGGCCUUCCCUGCCCUCGUCGGCCUUCACAUUUACCAUGAACCCAGCAGGUAUAAAACGAAAGUUCGUGCAAGAAGAAGGGCCACAUCCACCGCGAAAGAAACUCGCAUCGAUACCGGAAACUGCAACUAUCAAACAACCCUUACAAGAUGCCAGACCAGGCCCAAAUCUUAGGAGACCUGCAGCUCCCCCUGCACUAACAAGACCUCAUGCACCCGUCCUAUCGACUACGCGGCGGACUACGCGUGCAACGAGUGCACCGCCUACCCGAGCACCACCGGUACGUCCAACGACUGCAACCAGAAGACCGGUACCAGGCAGGGUAGCGUCAGGGUCCUCGACGAAGGUUGAGGAUCAACGCUUUAAAUCCCUCCAAGACCAGAUGUCAAGUAUUGAAGCUGCGAGAGCAGCAGACGCUGCCCGUCUUGCCGCAGAUAUGGAAUCUGAGCGAGCCAAGGUAGCAGAACUACAGGAAAAUCAUCUUGUGCUUUCUCGUGAACUUGCGGCUUCGAAGACUCAAGAAAUUAACCAACGGAGGGAACUUGGCAUAGCCAGCGAGGAACUCGAUCAGCUGAGGAAACGACAUGCGAAUGAAAUCAUGGACCUCGAGAUGGACAUGAAACGAAAGGAACGCGAAAAUAGGGAACUCCAAGAAGAGCUCCGUAUGUGCAAGAGCGACCUCGAACGCGAUCGGGAGACGAUUGCUACUUUGAAGGCUACCAUCUCACAUCAAUCGACGGCACAAAUCACCUUUACAACGCAAAUCACAGCACUUCAGGCGCAGGUCACGGCGCUGCAGACGGCACUUGAUGUUUCUUCGAACCAGAAGACCUCGACAGAGUUGGACCUCGAACUCGCCCACAAACGUAUUGUGGAACUUGAACAUGAGACUCGCCAAGCUGAAACAGUGCGGCGGAAGUUGCAUAAUAUGGUUCAAGAGCUGAAGGGUAAUAUCCGCGUUUUCUGCCGUGUCCGACCCCUUAUACCAUCGGACAUGUCUUCGUCAGAAAACACACGAGCAGAGAUUGUGUAUCCCGAUACGCUUGAUCACAAAGAGAUCGUUCUCAGUUCUGCAAGUGAAAAUGCUAUGGGCCAGGAACGCAAGGACGAGUGGCAGUUCGCUUUCGACCGUGUGUUUGAACCACACUCGAGUCAAGCCGAGGUAUUCGAGGAUAUCUCACAGCUCGCACAAAGCUGUACAGACGGAUACAAUGUUUGCGUAUUCGCGUAUGGUCAAACCGGCUCUGGCAAGUCCUUCACUAUGGAAGGUGGCCCGACCGAGGCCACCGCGGGCAUGAUUCCUCGUGCAGUCGAACAGGUCUUCGCAGUUACGGAAGAGCUGCAGAACAAAGGCUGGGAGUACAAGAUGGAAGGUCAAAUGCUCGAGAUCUAUAACGAGACUAUCAAUGACUUGCUCGGCAAAGCCGAGUUCGACAAGAAGAAGCAUGAAAUCAAGCACGACAAGUCCGGCCGUACAACUGUCACAGACGUGGACGUCGUUCCUCUCACCUCUGCCAAUCAAGUCCGCUCCCUCCUCUCUAUCGCCCAAUCCCGCCGCACCGUAGCUUCCACACUCAUGAACGAACGUUCCUCACGUUCUCAUUCCGUCUUUACCUUGAGGAUCAUGGGUGAGAACAGACUUACCGGCGAGACGUGUGAGGGGAGUUUGAAUUUGGUUGACUUGGCGGGUAGUGAGCGGUUGGAGAAGAGCGGAGCUGGGAAUGAUAAGGAUAGGUUGAAAGAGACGCAGAGUAUUAACAAGAGUUUGAGCGCCCUUGGGGACGUUAUCGCUGCACUUGGAGAGAGGGGUGAAGGAAAAGGUGACAAACAUAUUCCUUAUCGGAAUUCCAAGCUAACGUACCUCUUGCAAAACUCCCUGAGCGGAAACUCGAAAACUCUGAUGGUAUUGAACCUGUCGCCGCUCGCGUCUCACCUUAAUGAGUCCCUCUGUUCGCUGCGCUUCGCAACAAAGGUCAACAACACCACAAUCGGUACGGCGAAAAAGCAGAACCGUUUGAUGAACUCGUCUUCAUGAACUUAUACGAUGGUCGAUAUCCUUCUUCUACACCCAUAAGCUGUUUGCGUAACCUCCCGCUGACCUCCAUCGUUUUCAGUUCUGGACUUUCCAAUCUAUGAUGUUCUUGUACAACGUGAACCCAUCUCUCUGUAUACCGAUUCCAACAUAUAUAUAUUACAUAUCAUAACAUGCAAAAAUCC